ACUGGCCGCUGACAACGACACACAACAACAGAAACCCUCAGCCAGAGGUUGUAAACAAACUUUGAAAGAGCUGCUGAGUUGUGAGGAAAAAACAGCUGUUUAAUUGAAGAAUGGACUGGAAAAGAGUUGAUUCUUGCAUAUAAACCAGAACAGCUUGAAUGCUUGGUACGGAAAUAAAACUUGACAUUAUCUUUGGGCACUUUUUCAAACAUGUUGGAAGUGCCCUGGUGCCAUUGCUGGCCUUCACAGCAGUACCCUCUGCACCAGUCUCCUCUGCCUUGUCGGAUGAACUGAGUGACUCACCGAGAUACACAAUGCCAUCACUGUUGGAAGAUGAGUCUGUUGAACGCUCUGAUUCAUUUUAUCGACCAGCAAUGACACCUCAAGAGAAAGAAGCGUUCUAUCGUCCCAUUGUGCGACCCUCUGUGAGAGAUGGAAAGAAAUCAAAUAAGCAGGCUCAUGUACGUUGCAGCAGCACAGAUAAUGUUAUGGAACACUCUCAUGGUAAUAGGGGGAGCAGGCCCCAUCGCAAGAAGAGUAGCAGCCGAAGCAAAAGCGAAACCUGCAAACACGCUUGCAGACAUCGUAGAGCAAAGUCUGAACAUCCUGUUGACAGACAUUCUCAAAUGGAUAACAGGUGGUCUAAGGAAUCGAAACCUGGUGUAUCUAGUUUCCAAGAUAUAUCCCAUGCUUCUCAGCCUGACCGGAGCACUGUAACAGAUUCUGGGUACCAGCAAACUAUUACUGAGGAAAAUUCAGCACUUAAGCAGCACUGGACAGAGCUUCAGUCAAUGCAGAUGCAAUGUCAACAGCUUGAGUCAGAGCGUAAUGCUCUUCAAGAUGCAUUGGCUGAUGCUCUAAAUCAGCUUCAAGAAUCGCAAACCAGCAACACAGAGGUUUUAGCCCUACGGAGACAGAAUAAACAGCUAGAGGAAGAUGUGUUGCUUCUUAAAAGCACUGUCUAUAGGCUGAAUGCGGAGCUAGAAAAGUAUCAAAAUCGUCUGAGAGCUCUACGCAAAGUUCAAGAAAAUUCUGGUCAAGUCAUGGCCAAAAUUUCUGACCCACCCGAAUCUGAAAUUAAGCCAACGCCAAUGGCAUCCAAUAUGCUUGGGCCCUUGCUGGAGGCAUACCAAGAAACAAUUAUAGAGAAGGAGUCUGCUCUUGAGUCAUCAAGCAAAGAGCUUGCUACCUAUGCUCAGCAAUGUCAAUCUGCAAAGCAGGAAGCAAAAGAACUGAAGAAGAAACUUGACAGUUGUACUCAACUCAAAAAUGAAGAAAUGUCUGAUCUUCAAGAAAAGUUGGAGGAAGCCCAAUCCAGGAGUGAUUCUCUUCUUCAGAGCCUUGAGUCAGAGAGAGCAAGACUGCAGGAUAUGCAAAGGAAACACAGUCAAGAAGUGUCUGUUUUGGACUCCCGAGCAAGAGGACUCGAAGCAAAACUCACUGAGUGCCACACAGAACUUUUAACUCUCCGGGGACGCUACAGCGUUCUCUCAGAACAGUUUGAGAGAUUGCAGCAAGGAGCAGAUCGUCUCAUACCACUCUCAGUCCACAAUUCUGCAGUUAACGAGUGUAAAAGGCUGUUUGAAGAACUGAAAACUCAGUAUGAACAGGAGAGGGACAGAUAUGUUCGUAAAGUUGCUGCUUUGGAAACAGAUAAGCCCCGUUUGGAAGCUGCACUUGAAACCCACACUGCUAACCACUCAUCUCUGGAGGCCACAAACCGUGCCCUUGAAAAACUUCUGAAACACUGUCAACAGAAGAAUGAAGAUUUAUGUGCUCGUCUUGUGUCUGCCCAUGUAUCCCGUGAUUCUGCUAAAAGGCAGCUUCAGAGGUCUCUCACAAUGGUUAAAGAAUUAGUCACAGAACAAGAAAGACUUGUUCGGGCUCUACAAGAGAGACAGGAAGAGAGUCACUCAGUGGCAAGACUAGGAAACACUCUUGUUUCAAGAGUGGGAUCCCUCAAAGCACAGUUGGAAAAUGUGCAGCGUGGAGCUUAUGAGGAGCUUGGUGCAGUUGAAAAAAUUAUGAGAGAACGUGCUGAAGGUGCAGCCCGAGCGGAACAUGUUUAUCAGCAAGAGGUGCAACAAUUGAGAGGAUUGUUGCGUCAAAAGGAACAAUUCAUCGCUCGUUUGCAGAGGGACAAAAACAAAACUGAAGAAAGUCUUGAAAUAGUGUGGCAGGCUGCCACUUCAGAAAAACCUGUUUUAAAGGAACGGUUUGCUGUCAAUGUGAAUGAUGCAAAUCUUAUUCGGAAUGCCACAGUAGACAGUUCGGAAUGAGAACCCCUUGUUCAUGAAUUGAUGGUGAAAAACAUAACGCAUUUAUGUUUUAUUAGAGGUAUUAUUUUACACUUAACAAUAAUUCCCAAUGCCACCCCUAAAAUAUAAACUCUCUAGUCAGUUUAUUAGUACAAAUUAAGUGGUGGGGCUGUUGCCAAGUUAAGAAAAUAUAUCAGGGUAGGAAUCAAAGUCAACUUUUAUCUAGUCGGUUUUCUACUCAUGCUUUCAUUAGAAGUAAAAUGUAAUGCGGGUCAUACUUAAACUAUGUUACUAUAUUCCAGUUUGUGUAGAAUGUAAAUGUCAGUUUUAGUGAACUUUUCAAUUUUAGUUUUCUGUAUCUAAAGAUAUAUAUUGAUUGUGGUCAUUGUGUGUCCAUGGUUGUGAACAAGACACAAUUUUGCUAAGCCAUGAUCAGCUAAAAAAUUUGUGUGUUUUCUGCGACAUUUCUAGUCACUUUAAUGUGUUUUUAUUACACAGUGUUCAUGUAUUUCUUGUAACUAUGCCAAGAUAGUUUGCUUGAUGAAUCUUUGCUGGGCAAGGAUUCAACUUGGUUUGAAAAGCUUUCGAUAUUCUUUUGUUUUAAUUUUGUGCUGUACUUGCUUGUUGUGUGCAGAAUUGUUGCUUUCAUUGAAAACUAUAGCAGUUGGACGUAGUCAGAGUCCCUCAUUUCAUUAAAAAACGUUUCU